AUGGCCGCCAGCGCAGCAGGCUCUGCGCAAGCCCCUAACAAGCUGUCGCCCACCGCCAACACGCAAGCCAACAGACUCCCGGCCCCAACGCUCUUCGUCGGUCCACCGUCCCGUAAUGCUUCCUCGCUCUCAGUUGUGCGCGGAAACACGCACGAUCAAACUUCGAAAUCUUCUCGCGAUCCCUUGAGCCGCCAGCAGAACGAGGGCGAGAGCGACAAGAUACCAAAGGACAAAUCUAGCAAUGUGCCGCCUCUGCAGAAGGCGAGCGCGAAGCGAAUAGAAGCGCAAUGGAAGGAGAUGCAGAGUACGCUCAACGAGGUCGAACUCACUGCGCAAAGCUCCACACACGUCUUUGGACAGAGCCAUGCUGCGGCGCUAGACACGCUUCGACUGGCGCAGGUGGAGCUCGCCCGGGCAUGGGGAAGGGGAAACGAGGAGCAUGCUGGCGACGGUGGGUUUUCGCAGCAAGACAUCCAUCGCUUCAAAGGCGCGGACGAUCUGGCAUUUGAUCGAAGCAAUGCUCACAGGAAACGGGGCGGUACGGAAACGUCUGCCUCAACAGCACUUUCGGAAGAAAGCAUGGGUAGCGAUCCGGGGCUCAAGGGAGGGAAGAGUCAGCUCGAAGACGAAACGGCGCAGGAUAUCAAGCUCGCGAGCGAGCGGAGGGCAGCUAACGAGGCGUACUUCAAGAAAGUCGAUGGCGGUGUCAGGGACGUGGUAGCGAAGCUCGAAGCAGUAGCCGAAGCAAUGAGAGGCGUAGAGAGUGAGAGCAGGAGUCUGUGGAGCAAUUCUGAGGAAAGCUCUACGGUUGCGAGGGACGACGGGAAGGGAUCUGGUAAUGGAUGA